GCGACGUUGCAGGGUCAGCUGGGCACUGGCAACCGGAUCAGCUCAGUGGUGCAGUACCCAGUGUCCACCAGGGAUCCGGACAACAUGUGCUCCAACUACAAGCGACAUCUCUCGGCUGAGGAUAGGCACAUUCUUCGUGUGCGGGUGAAACACUACAUGCGAGGACAGCCAUCAUGGCCCAGCAAUGUCUACGAGGCCGAGAAAGUCUUUCUGCAGACCUUUGCCAAAUGCCCAGAACUCUGCACUGCGUUCUACGGAAACGAGGCCUUCUGCGAGAAGCUCCUCAUGGACUCUGUGAAUGCUUACGAGUACGGUGUGUGCCACGAUGCGCCAGCUCAUACUCAGUUCAGGAUGAAUAGCCCCUACUGGGAAGAAUCCUUUCGAAACAAAGCAGCCGUGGGAGCUGCCGAGGCUGCGGCUGCAAAUGUCGCGAUGGAUUCGUGGUAUGAUGCCUUAGAGCCUUACAUUGAUGAGCAGACCAUGAGAAUACAUCACCAGAAGCACCAUGCCACCUAUGUGGCAGGAUUGAACACAGCACUUACAGCCAAGGGCGGUGCUCCUGCCAAAGGUGACGCGUCCUUCCUCACGGAGUUGCAAAAAUCGGCGGCCACGACGUCCCCAGCGAUGCGAAAUCACGGCGGGGGACAUUACAAUCACGCGCUCUUUUGGGUGAACCUCGCCAGCGCCAGCAGUCCCUCUGAGCCCAGCGCCGAUUUGGGCGCGGCCAUCGACGAUCGCUUCGGUAGUUUGGAGGGUCUCAAAGAGGCCUUCACGCAGGCGGCCCUAAGCCGCUUCGGCAGCGGCUGGGCCUGGCUGGGUGUCACGCCGGACGGGGCGUUGAAGGUGACCUCUACGGCGAAUCAGGACAAUCCAUUGAUGGAAGGCUUGGACUACAGCCUCGAAAAGAUGAUUCCAAUUUUGGGUUUGGAUGUGUGGGAACACGCCUACUAUCUGAAGUACCAGAACAGACGUGCGGAUUACGUGAACGCAUUUUGGAACAUCAUCAACUGGAAGAAGGUCAGCAGAAACUACGAGGAGUAUGCCAAAAAAGGCAAGGCUGUACCACCGACACCCACUGGCAGUGGCCACGCCGUGGAACUCUGA